ACAAGCUCAGAGAGGCUUAUUUCAGCAAGCACGUCCUCAAAGAGAGAGGCAGCAGCAAAAGCCAGCGGGCGAAAAGCCUGCAGCAAGCUCUACACUCCAACCACUCUGAACGCAACAGGCGAGCUGAAGACGAGCACAGGAGCGCUGGAAUCGACCCUGUCCAGAAACAGGCAUCUUCACGCAAGCAGCACUGAGGAGCUUCCUCUCACAGAACUGAGCACACUGGAAAAUGUUUAUCCCGAAGACAGCCUUUUGAUCGACAGGAGGCAGUUUCUAAGUAUCAUGCGUACCAACAAGCUAUAAGAUGAGCACAUCAAACAAUCCAGUCCAGCCGGCCCCUUCUAACCACUCAUAUCCACACGAAUACAAGAUCGCAGCCCUUGUCUUCUACAGCUGCAUCUUUAUAAUCGGGUUCUUUGUCAACAUCACGGCAUUGUGGGUAUUCAGUUGCACCACCAAGAAGCGAACCUCUGUAACCAUCUACAUGAUGAAUGUGGCAUUGUUGGACUUACUAUUUAUAAUGAGCUUACCUUUUCAAAUGUUUUACUACGCGCAAGAGGAGUGGCCCUUUGGAGAACACUUCUGCCACAUUCUCGGGGCUCUCACAGUGUUUUACCCGAGCAUCGCUCUAUGGCUAUUCGCUCUAAUUAGUGCCGACAGAUACAUGGCCAUCAUACAGCCGAAAUAUGCCAAAGACCUCAAGAACACAUGCAAAGCGGCGCUGGCAUGUGCGGGCGUCUGGAUUAUGACUGGGACAACCACUGUCCCCCUGCUCCUGCUCUACCAGGACCCUGACAAGGCCUCCAACCCCCCCACCUGCCAGAAGAUCUUAGACAUCAUCCACUUAAAAGCCGUUAAUAUGCUGAACUUCACACGACUCAUUUUUUUCUUCUUGAUUCCCUUGUUUAUCAUGAUUGGGUGCUACCUAGUCAUCAUUCACAGUCUCCUGCACGGUCGGACAUCUAGGCUGAAACCCAAAGUCAAGGAGAAGUCCAUUCGGAUCAUCCUCACGCUCCUGGUUCAGGUGCUUGUCUGUUUCGUGCCCUUCCACAUCUGCUUUGCCUUCCUGAUGCUGGAUGGGGAAGAAGGGAGGUACAACCCCUGGGGGGCCUUCAGCACCUUCCUCAUGAACCUCAGCACCUGUCUGGACGUGAUUCUCUACUACAUCGUUUCAAAACAAUUUCAGGCUCGAGUCAUCAGUGUCAUGCUGUACCGUAACUACCUUCGGAGCGUGCGCAGAAAAAGCUUCCGCAACAGCAGUCUACGCUCACUAAGCAACAUAAACAGUGAAAUGCUAUGAAUGAUAGCAGGGGAUUUUUUUCCUUCAAUUUCUUUAAAAUAUGUUAUUAACAAUAAAAAAAAUCUAAAAAUAUAUAUAUAUACUUUACUAUCCAGAGUAAGGGCAUGUUCUAUAUAUUAUCAAUUUCCUAGUCUCUGGGGGGAAAAAACUUUAGAAACUCUGGUACAAUCAUGGUAUUGUGACCAUAUAAUUAAACACUCUGAGGAUUCCUUAAAUUUAUUAUUUUGCUUAACCAACCGAUGUGUAUUUAACAGUUCAGUCUUACCUAUGCAGAUAAUUGACAUAACUUUUUGGAUUAAACCCAUGUGCAAAUGACUCAUGUGUUAAGUCAGUAGCAGGAAAAAUCUACCUGCUAUGCAGAAUACUAUAGCCUACACCAUUUUUCAUCUAGAUGAAGUACCUUCACUUCUGAUUUACAUUCAGGAUUGCAGAUCUAAAUCUAAUACCUCAGGUUCUAAGCACGAGUCACUGCUUGCAACUGCUGCAGAGCAAGCCACCCUGAGGGCAGCAAGCAGCCAAGGGAAGGAGACUGGAAAGGACCCCAUUAAGCCAAUCCUCCCUUGCUCUGAAUUCCCUUUUUAGAGCAGACUAUAGCCAUUAAGUAAAUACUUCCUGAGAGCCUGUUUUGUACCAAAUCCAAUGCAGAGAGAUAACUUACGUAUCUGACAUAAAAAUUUCAGUAUACACAGUACAAUGAU